UCUUUGCAAUUGAGUUGUUUUUGGUGUGAUAGCUAUUUUAACAGAAAAUAUUACUAGAAAAUACACGUCACAAAACAAAUUCAACUGAUAACGCACCUUGGUAAAAAGUGAAUGUUUUGGCUUUCCUGGCGUAGGCAAUGUGGUUGCCUUUGCUUGGUUUAAAUUUAGUUUGGAUGAAAAGUAUGUCCAAUGAACUUGUUCAACACCAAUAAACCAAGCUUUGACCUUUGCAACGAAAGUAAACGCAUUAACAGAAAAGUACACAAAUCAAAACUAUUCAGAGAAGUAAAUCAAUUGACAUAACGGCAGUGGGUUAAAAUUAGCGGGUGCAACUGGUGUCAACUGUGUUGGCGAUUUGUCAGGUACCCUUCCGGUGCUAACAAAUUUAUUGCUUAUUGUUUGAAAAAUAAUAGGUUUUAAAAAGAUAUUGUCAACAUGGCAUUUCAAUCAUUAUUGCGAUUUUAUAUGGAAAUACCGACAGUGACACGAAUCUACACAACAGCAUGUGUUUUAACGACGGUAGCGGUGCACCUAGACCUGGUAUCACCGCUGCAACUUUAUUUCAAUCCUACGCUUAUACUUUGGAAACUACAAGUGUGGCGACUUGCCACAACAUUCCUAUUUUUCGGUUCAGUUGGGAUUAGUUUUUUCUUUAAUAUGGUCUUCACCUAUCGGUAUUGCCGCAUGCUUGAGGAGAGCUUCUUCCGUGAUCGGACGGCAGAUUUUGUAAUGAUGUUUCUUUUUGGUGGCGCAUUAAUGGUAUUCUUUGGUCUAUUUGUGAACUUGCUCUUCCUCGGACAAGCAUUCACAUUAAUGUUGGUUUAUGUCUGGUCCCGCCGAAAUCCUUUCGUGCGCAUGAAUUUCUUUGGUGUACUAAAUUUUCAGGCGCCUUACUUGCCAUGGGUCCUCAUGUGCUGUUCAAUGAUUCUGGGCAACACAAUUUGGGUAGAUAUUGUUGGAAUGGGUGUCGGACAUAUAUACUACUUUCUCGAAGACGUAUUUCCAUUUCAAGCAAACGGUUAUAGAAUCCUUAAAACACCACAUUUCUUAAAAGUUAUAUUCAAUGAACACAUCGAAAAUAAUGUUCCACCAUGGGUAGGCGAUCGGCCAGGCGGCUACCAUUGGGGAGCAGAUGAAGCAGAAAACAUAGCCGCUCCACAACCAAACGCUGGCGCUGGUGAUGCCAAUGACGAAGCAAACCAACGACGAUAAAAAUUAUUGUUUUUGUAUAUUUACCACCCAACGUACUGAAAGAAAUGCACAUAGUUCAUAAAAAAAUUAACAGGCGGGGAAAGGGAAAUAAAUGUCUUAGCACACAUAUUUAUUGAAUAAAAGAAUAGUGAAAAAGACAAACAAUAAACCAACUGUUUAAAAAGACCUGUAA